UCACAGCAACAACACGCGGAUGAAACACCUGCAAAACUACGAGUGAAGGAUAUUUUGUCACGAGCUCCAGCCCAGCUCUUUCCAGUUAAAUGGAAAUGUGUACAUAGGAGUAAAUUCUCUGAGGAAAACUUCAACACGGUGUCCUUCAAAAUGACAGAGUAGCUCUCUGCAAGCUCUCGAGCAAGCUGGACGGCAUGGACAGGGAAAGGUCGGAGAGAUUUGGAAGCGACGGGAGUAAAAGUUCAUCAAGCUCCCAGACGCUGUCAGAGGCCGAGUUGCAUGGAGAGGAGAAUGAAACUGAGUUGCGGUGUUUUGAGACACUCCGUCGUCACACUUUAGGGUUUGCUCAUCUCGAACAAAAAGGGAAGGAAGGGGGCGGUGAGAAGGAAUCAGAAGACAUCAGCAAAGAGGUGAAAAUGAGGAAUAAAGAGGACCAAGAACGUGAAGGGGGCGACGAGGAGGAUGGGGAGGAAGACGAAAUGCUGGAUAACAUCCUGUAUCCCCCCUCCGUGGCCUUCCGCAAGUCGAGCAACCCUGAGGUGUCCUGUGGCUCCAGCCUGCCGCUCAAAUUCAAACGGCAGCUCAGUGAAGACGGGAAACAGCUACGUAGAGGGAGUCUGGGUGGUGCACUUACAGGAAAGUACCUGUUGCCGUAUGUGUCCACUCAGCAGUCAUGGCCAGCCACGGGGUCAGAAAGCUCCAACCUGGUGCGCAUGCGCUCUCAAAGCCUGGGCAAGUCAGCUCCCUCCCUCACAGCCAGUUUGAAGGAACUCAGUCUGCCCAGAAGAGGGAGCUUCUGCAGGACGAGCAACAGAAAAAGUCUGAUAGGAAGCGGACAGUCAUCAGCCCUUCCUCGACCACACUCGCCUCUUUCAUCACAUACAGGCACCAGUCCCCAAGACAGCCCCAGAAACUUCUCCCCCAGUGCCUCAGCCCAUUUUUCCUUCGCUCGCAGCCAUGGCUACAGAGCAGACAGGACUGAUGGCCGUCGGUGGUCCCUGGCAUCUCUCCCCUCCUCUGGAUAUGGAACCAACACACCUAGUUCCACGGUUUCUUCGUCCUGUUCAUCACAGGAGAAGCUCCAUCAGCUGCCCUUCCAGCCCACGCCAGAUGAGCUCCACUUCCUAUCCAAGCACUUCUGCACCGAGAGUAUUGCUGGGGAUGAACGUCGCAGGGCCGCGCCCAUGCGUCCGCGCUCACGCAGUCUCAGUCCUGGAAGAUCUCCAUCAUGCUGUGACCAUGAGAUUAUAAUGAUGAAUCAUGUGUACAAAGAAAGGUUUCCUAAGGCCACAGCUCAGAUGGAAGAGCGCAUCCAAGAGAUCAUCCGCAGCAGCUCCCCAGAGAAUGUGCUGCCACUGGCUGAUGGAGUGCUCAGCUUCGCCCAUCACCAAAUCAUUGAGCUGGCCCGUGACUGCCUAGAGAAAUCUCGCCUUGGCCUCAUCACCUCCCGCUACUUCUGCGAGCUCACCGACAAACUAGAAAGGCUUUUCCAAGAGUCUACUGAGCGAUCAGAGAGUGUUGAAGUGACCUUCAUUAAGGAACUGGUGAAAAAGAUCCUCAUCGUCAUUGCCAGACCAGCACGACUCUUGGAAUGUCUGGAAUUUGACCCAGAAGAAUUCUAUCAUCUGCUUGAGGCUGCAGAGGGUCAUGCCAAAGAAGGGCAGGGCAUAAAGACUGACAUUCCACGCUAUAUCAUCAGCCAGCUUGGUCUGACACGAGACCCUUUGGAAGAAAUAGCCCAGUUAACCAGCUAUGAUAGUGGAAUUGCAGAAACCCCAGAGACCGAUGAUUCUGUGAGUUCCCAGAGCCUGAGUGCAGCAGUAAGAUCCCGCCGCAAACCCUGUGAGGUGGACUUUGAAAUGAUCAAACUCAUCAGCAAUGGCGCUUACGGAGCUGUGUAUCUGGUACGGCACAAAGAGACCAAGCAGCGCUUUGCCAUGAAGAAGAUUAACAAGCAGAAUCUGAUGCUAAGGAACCAGAUCCAGCAGGCUUUUGUGGAGAGGGACAUUCUGACCUUCGCUGAGAACCCGUUUGUGGUCAGCAUGUACUGCUCUUUCGAGACACGCAGACACCUCUGCAUGGUCAUGGAGUAUGUUGAGGGUGGUGACUGUGCCACUUUGCUGAAGAACAUGGGUCCUCUCCCUGUGGACAUGGCCAGAAUGUACUUUGCUGAGACAGUUCUUGCCCUGGAGUACUUGCACAAUUAUGGCAUUGUUCAUCGAGAUCUAAAACCAGACAAUUUGCUGGUAACGUCAAUGGGACACAUCAAGUUGACUGACUUUGGCUUGUCAAAGGUGGGCUUGAUGAAUAUGACCACUAACCUAUAUGAGGGCCACAUAGAGAAGGAUGCCAGAGAGUUCUUAGAUAAACAGGUGUGUGGCACUCCUGAGUACAUCGCUCCAGAGGUGAUCCUGAGACAGGGCUAUGGGAAGCCAGUUGACUGGUGGGCUAUGGGGAUCAUCCUAUAUGAGUUCCUUGUAGGAUGUGUACCAUUCUUUGGAGACACACCGGAGGAGCUCUUUGGCCAAGUCAUUAGUGACGAGAUAAACUGGCCUGAGGGAGAGGAUGCUCCACCAGCUGACGCUCAGGAGCUCAUCACAUUGUUGCUCAGACAGAACCCUCUGGAGCGGCUGGGCACUGCAGGAGGAGCCUACGAGGUCAAGCACCACCAAUUCUUCAACAGUCUUGAUUGGAAUAGUCUGCUCAGGCAGAAAGCUGAAUUUAUCCCCCAGUUGGAGUCUGAGGACGACACCAGCUACUUUGACACUCGAUCUGAAAGAUACCAUCACCUGGAAACUGAGGAAGAGGAUGACACAAAUGAUGAAGACUUCAAUGUUGAGCUGCGCCAGUUUUCAUCUUCUUCACACAGAUUCUCCAAAGUGUACAGCAGUCUGGAUCUGUCUCGUGGGCAGCUGGAGGAGAAGGGAGAGCAAGCGGAGAAGAAGAGUGAGAGUCCUCUUACUGUCGAUUCACUUAGCUGGACCCCAGACUUCACAGAGAUGCCAUCCCUAUCACACUCAUCUGAUACUGAGAGCACCAGCCUGGGCAGGCGCUCGGGUCUGCUGCCUAAGUUUGCCAUUUCAGCCGAAGUAGAGAGCUGUGAGGGCUCACUGGCUUUGGAGGACCCCAGUAAAUUAGACUUCUCCAUCGGAGAGCUGCCUCAAGAUGAGCCUGAUGCCACCACUCCCUGCAGCACUGUUAGCAACUCUACCCUUUCAGGCAGCUUCUCUGAGCACUUGGACCAGCUUCCAGCACGGCCAGAAGGAGUAGACAGCUCGGACAGCACCUGUAGGCCGUCCACUGACACCAACACUCAGCUGACUACCAUGAGACCUGAGGCCACUGAUAAGCUGAGCACUGUCAGCAAAGUUCCUAAGUCAGCGUCCGCUAAUGCAUUGUCUCUCCUGAUCCCUGGUGAUGUUUUUGGUACGUCUCCACUGGCUAGCCCCAUUUCUCCCUACUCACUGUCAUCAGACCCCUCCUCCAGAGACUCCUCCCCUAGCCGUGACUCCUCCCUUUCUGCAGUCAGCUCACGCCAGCCUAUCAUCAUUCACAGUUCAGGGAAGAAGUUUGGCUUCACUCUGCGAGCUAUUCGAGUCUACGCUUGCGACAGUGAUGUCUAUACUGUCUAUCACAUGGUCUGGAAUGUGGAGGAUGGUGGGCCUGCUCAUAAGGCUGGACUCAAGGCUGGAGACUUGAUCACUCAUGUCAAUGGAGAAACAGUCCAUGGACUGGUACACACUGAAGUGGUAGAGCUACUGCUGAAGAGUGGAAGCAAGGUUGCCAUAUCCACCACUCCUUUUGAGAACACUUCGAUCAAAACUGGUCCAGCUAGAAGGAAUAGUUACAGGAGCAAAAUGAUAAGGAGAACCAAGAAGCCAAAGAAAGAGAAAACGCAAGAGCGGAGGCGAUCAGUAUUCCGACGAUUUGCCAUGCAGCCCUCUCCGCUGCUUCACACAAGCCGUAGUUUCACCUCCUUGAACCGCUCACUAUCCUCAGGGGAGAGUCUGCCUGGAUCCCCCACGCACAGCUUGUCUCCCCGCUCUCCCACUACUGCCUUUCGACCCACCCCUGAUUUCAACCAGUCAGGUGGCACAUCUUCUCAGAGUAGUUCACCCAGUUCCAGUGCCCCAAAUUCCCCUGCUGGCUCAGGCCAUGUCCGACCGAACACCUUGCAUGGCUUAGGCCCUAAGCUGCCUGGACAGCGUCUGCGUCAGGGCCGCCGCAAGUCUGCAGGAAGCAUCCCCCUCUCUCCGUUGGCUCGAACACCAUCUCCAACCCCUCAGCCCACAUCACCUCAGCGGUCCCCGUCUCCCCUGCUAACUCACACAGUAGGAAGCUCCAAGACCGCACAGGCCUUCCCUGCCAAGAUGCACUCACCCCCUACAAUCGUCAGGCACAUGGUGCGUCCUAAAAGCGCUGAGCCCCCUCGGUCCCCACUCCUUAAGAGGGUCCAGUCAGAGGAAAAGCUCUCACCAUCCUACACAGGUGACAAGAAGCAUCUCUGUACCCGGAAACACAGCCUCGAGGUAACUCAGGAGGAGGCACAGAGUGAGAUUGCACCCGGGGGAGAGCACACUCUACAGUGUGUGGAGGAAAAUUCUUGUGAACCGCCUGCCAUUACCCGGGUAAGACCUGCUGAACAGGGCUGCCUGAAGCGUCCUGUCUCUCGUAAGGUUGGACGGCAGGAAUCUGUGGAGGAGCUUGAUAAGGAGAAGUUAAAGGCAAAAGUGGUGGCAAAAAGGCAGGACUGGUCUGAGAGACGCGAGUCUCUGCAAAAACAAGAUGCACUGCAAGAGGCUGAGGCUACCACAUGCUCCCACACCAGUGACGAUAAGGAAAGGGGGCAUCACGGACGAGCCGCAGGCAGACCCCAAAACAGCACAGAGUCUGGCUCACUUGAGAGCAAAGCUGCAAAUGCCAUACUAAAAGAUGUCUUAUACAAAAAGCUAAACACCAGAGCGUGUGAAGGUGUAGUGGAAUCCCUCAGCAGCACCGGGGACUGUGUCUCACUCUUAAAUGAAGGUGUCAGAUCAGCCCCAACUCAGGCAGAAAGGCAACUCUCCAGACAGAUUAAAGAGGGAAGUAAAUCAGACAGGCUUGAUUUCAAAGCUCCCAACAUGGAGUUUGCCAGAAAGAGGCAGUCUUUUGAGGAACGUGAGGACUGCAUGUGUUGGAUCAACCCUGGUGUCCAUGAAAGCCUUCACUUUAAUGCCACCAGAUCCAAAAGUCUCCAGCUGGACACUGCUUUGACAUUGGAUCAUACAAAAGGGUCAGUUGGCUGUGUCCAUGCCACUCCUGGAAUCAGCACAGAGUCCUUGGGCCCUAAGCUAUUUAGUGGGCGAGGGGAGAGCGCAGUGGAGAAGCUGCAGAUGAUUUCCUCUACCGAGGGGUCCAUCAGAAAGACCUCAUCUGAGUACAAACUAGAGGGGCGACUUGUGUCUUCCCUGAAACCUUUAGAGGGCACGCUGGACAUAGGCCUGCUCUCUGGACCCAGGGUUUCCAAGACUGACACAUGUCUCUCCAAGAUGGCAGGUGGCCAGAUCGAUGGUGUUGGGCUGGCAGGAGCUCUACAGAGCCAGAGUGAGAAGCAUCUGCUAAGCCCUCAGCAGAAGCCUGUGAAGAAACAGACAUCCCCUCCACCAGGAGUGGAAAGCAAUGGGGCCAAUGUGACUUUGACCAGCAAAAACACUGGAAAAGAACAACCUCCAUCUAAUAUAAAUAACAUCAUUGGUUCCAUUAGCAGUGAUGGUACUCUAGAGGCAAAUAAGCAGGGUGAAGGAAUCAAGUUACAGGUCAUGUCCACUAAAAUGGAACCAACUGACCCAGGUGGAAAAUUGGAGACGAGGUUGAAAACGGCUCAGGAGAUGAGGGCUGCCCGACACAGCACUCAUUUUGCUUGUGGGAAAACACCCUCAAUCAGGGAGGUCAGUAAUGAAGACCAAGAUGAUGACAUGGAAAACCCUGAGGACAAACCUAGUCAGCAAAACAGUGCUGUGAAUAUGUCCGUGACGUGUGACCUUGUCAUCAAGGAAACCACCUCAGCACAAUCUGAUGUUGGUGUUAAAGAUGUGAGAGAGUCAGUUGUCAGUCCACAGAAUUUGAACCCAACUACAAUAUUUAACAGCCUUGAAAGCCCAGGGAAAGUAGCAAAAACAACUAGCUCAGCAGUGGUGAUAAAACAGGUACAUCAAUCAAGAGCAGACAAGGACAAAACAGCAGAGACACAUAUCUCAACUGUGGCCUCAGCACAGGCUCUGCCUCAAAAAGAAGAAAAAUGUUCCCAACAUCCAGGAGCAAGUGGACUGAACAAACCAGGAAGCACAGCUCAAAUCAUAGAUAAGCUUGCAGAAAAGGUACACAUAAAGACUACUGGUAAAGAUGCAGCAAGUAACACACUAGUUUUAAAUGUGGAAUCAGAACUGUCACACUCACAGGGCUUACUUAAAGGAAAAGUUUCUGCUCCACAAAGUUUAGCUUUAUCCCCCCCAGUCAAAAGUUCUGUUUCUGCUGUAUCUUCAGCAGAACCAGGGAACCCAGUUAUUAAAAGCCCAUUGUCUCCAGAUGCUCCUAUUCAAACCAAGCAGAGAAAAAUCAACACCAACCAAUCUCCCAAACCUGCUCCUCUUAAAGCCAUGGCUGCUGUAGUUCCCGAAUUGCAACAUAGUAUAGAAAAAAACCCACAGCACACUUUGGAAAUUAAGCCAAGUGCUUCUCUAAGUACACAGCCCAAGCAAUUAUCUCCCAAAACACUAAGCACUACUUUUUCAAUGGACAGACAAACAAUACCUUAUCCGGCCUUUAAAGAUAACUCUGUCAUGACACAAAAUGCUGCUGUAGAAGUUGACAAGGGACAUAGAUCUCAAGAUCAUGAGCAAUGUGGAGGCAAAUCUAAAAACAUAGACAAGGAGCACAUAAACCCUAUAGUUCCAAAAGAGUUGAAAGAUGAGUACAAUUUGCCCAGGAAGCUUGUCAAAACUGCUGUGUCACCUGGAGAUAAAGCAAAUGAGCCAAGAGAUAAAGUGGCACAAAGCAAAGAAGUAGGCUUAAAAGAUGCAAAAUGCUCUGUGGCAAAAGAUAAUGUCGAUACAACAUCAGUCAGAAGUGAAAGUGUAAAAUGGAUUGAGAAACAAGGGGUCCUAGCCACUAGUCAGGCCCUCUCCAGCUCCAUAUUAAAGGAGGACACUGGUGCCAGUCCACCAAAGAUGAAAGGUACUGGUACUAAGACCAGCGAUGCUGUGCAGGUUCAAUCUGCAAGUCUUCUUGAAGAGAAGUUAAAACCUAAAAGUGCUCCAGAUCUGUCUAGUCAGAAGUUCAGCAAGUCAGUACCUGAUGUUUGUGGGAAAGAUGCAGGUCUUGUACAGGCAACAGUAAAACAGCCACAGCAGUCAGCUACUAGUGCUCCAUCAAAACAAGGAUCUUUAAGUUCCAAGAACAAACCCAAGGUAGAGUCCCCACUAGUAACAUACCAUGGUGGCAAGGCAACUGAAGAAAGAGGAAAGCAAGAGAGCAAAGCAUCAGUGCAGACCACCAUAAAAGACAGCAUAGAUGUAAAACCAAAGGAGCAGAGAGACCUUACCCUUCCUGCAUCUAGAGCACAGCUACAGAAAGAGAUUUUGGGCCAUACUGGCUCCCAGGUUGGUGCUGUACCAGUGCUACCUGUGCCUGCUGUUAAGGUUCACAUUCUCAGUGGAUCCCCCACAGUCAAAGGCGCUGGUGCCACAGUGGAGAUGUCUGGACAGUCAAGUAGAGAGCCUGUGAGAUUUAAAGUGGACACCUCAAAACCAGAUCCCUCACAGAAAGCCAACCGUAAAGACACGCAGAGAUCUGUGACGUUGAGCAAGGAAGGCGCAGUACCUGAGAAAGAUUCAGCUCGCUCUAAGCAGUCCAAGGAUCUCCCACGAGGUUCUAAUAAAAAGUGACAUAAAAGAUUUCGGUGGUUGCCAAAUCAACCUCUUCAAUCUUUCUUUCUUUUCUUUUUUUUUUUUGUUUAUUUAUUUUUUUAAAAGAGAAACAGCAAGGCAAUCGUAUUUUUUUUCCAUGCAUUCUAUCAUAACGCCUUCCUUUCUGAGGACCGGUGAAGCUGUUACUCCAGUGUUCAAUGAUGGACAAGAGAGAAAAGCAUGUAAGUGUGUAUGCUAAUAAGCAGUGCUCUGUUAAUACUUUGGGUCUGAAAAGUUGUAGUUUCGCUUAACACCUGAUUUGCUGCUGAAGGUUUUUUCCCCCUCUCUUAGAUCUCCCUGUUGUGCAAGGCGAGAUGCAUGUAGGAAAGUGUGCAAUCAAAUAAACAUGGACAGAACUGUGCCAGUUGAACCUAAGUGGAGUUGUGAGAAACAAAGAUGCAGAUGCAGUCCUAGUGCAUUUCAGCAAAGUAACAUGCAUUUGUCUUGUAUUCAAACUAAAGUUGUCAAGCAAAAUGCAGUGGUUUUACAUGUGCUGACAAACCACAAAAGAAAUAUUUGUAGCAAUGGUGCUGAUGUCUCGGCACACAAAAAAAAAUACCACCAAAUUUGUCCUUUCUUGUUAUUGUUUUUGUUGUUUUUGACCUACUUAGAGGCAAAGUGUGCAGUUUUGUUUUGGGUAGUGGUGCACAGAGGGAAUGCACUUUGUCCUGUGCUUCUCACCUAGAACUAUUUUAUAAUGGAAUCAUCUUACGGUUCUGGACUCAUAUCUAGUGGAAGGGGCCUUAGGAUAUUUUGGGCAGUGCAGCUUGCUGUUCUUAGCAGGCUGUGGCAAAAUUCACAUUCCUUUCACAUACAUCUCUACAUUUACUGAAGAUUAAUUUUUAUGCAAAGUACUGUACAUAGAGCAAUGUUAAUUGUACAAAGGGUGAUCCAUGGGAUCAGCUGAAUAUGAGUGUUGUAUGUUUUAUAUGUAUAUAUUUUGCUAUGUCAUAUGUUUGUAUACUGUACUCGAUAUGUUUGUUGCUCAGUGAUCUUUUCACCUGCAUAGUAAAUGUUGCCAUAGGAAAUAAGCUCAUGUAGAAAAGUCCAGGAAAGGCACGAUCGUGUUCUCAUUUCAAAAUGAGCCAUACUUGAAAUUACACUGACACUAAUAGCAGUAAUCACAGCUCAUCUUCAAAGCAUGUAUUAGUGCAAGUAAGUCUAUCUGGACAGCUGAAAGCACCUUGAAUGUCCUCUCUUGACUGAUUGAUGAAAAGCUAAUCAAAAGUUUAAAAAAAGGGAAAAGAUGGAUGUAGAGCACUGCACAAAAGUUAUACUUUUAAAAACUGAAUGUUAAAAUUUUCCUGUAUGCUGUGCUGUAUAUCGUAACUCUGGUUUUCCACAUAAAUUAUCAGGAUAUUAGGGCUAGUCUUUACCAUUAGCCAUUAAAACAAUGAGAAUGGCAACAUGUACUCAAUAGGAUAUCAUAAGCAGAAUAGGCUCAACUGAAGACAGGAUGCAUUGUGUUAUGACCUUAGUCAGGAUUAAGGCAGUCAGGACUUUCAGCCUGUGUUGUGUCUAUUAUACCUGCAAUUGGUCGCGAAGUCAUAUACAGUGUGUAAUGCGUAUACAAGUGUGACGUGUAAUAAUUAUCUAGAGGCAUUUUUGCACUGACAGUAGAUUUGUCUAAUGACUGUACAUUCGAAAUCAAUACUACUAAUACAUUUCACCCACGGACAAAUUCAAGAUUUUUAAAAUGUCUUAUGUAGUCUGUAUAACUUGUCUCUAAAUGUACUUAUCCAAAUAUUUCUAUGGACAUUUAUCAUUAUUUUAUAAGAGUGACUUAAAUGCAAGUGACAGAAAAUGAGACUAUUGAAUCACUUUUAAAAACAUGUAAUAUUUGUUCUGAGCCACAUACCUAGUCCUUUUUCUACCAUUUAACAUACAAGAUACCCUGGCAACUGCAGUAUGUAGACUACUAUGACAGUAAUGUAAUAUAGUAUCUUAAGAAUUCAAAGAGCAUACAGUAUAUUAAAGCUGGAUAUGAAUGUUAUAGAGUGCACCAUGCAAAGAAAAUGAAAUUGAUUGUAGAGAUUUUAAACUGUAGUAGCAGAAUCUGAAGUUUUACUGUCCCUCGUAAGCUUUGCAAACAGAAUUUGAAGCCUGAGGAGACAAGAUGCACCUUAUUACUAAAACAUAACACAUACUGUGUUUCUGGACAAAGAUCAUAAAUGAGCAUAACAUGAACAUUAAGUAAAUGUGAAUGUUUAAUGGGGCAAGUUGUGUCAUCUGUCAUAACCAUGGUCAUGGUCAUGAACGUACCACAAAAAAAUGUUUAAUGGAUGGAUUGUCUUUCCGUCUCCAUGCCUUUUACUCUGACAGUUGAUGUUUAAAUCCUUAACUAAGCACAUUGAAUUUUGUUUACAGCUAAUUCAUGGGUGUAUAUUUUGAAUAUUGUGUUAUUAAUUUGCCAAAUCUAUGUGCUAUGACACAGGAAACUGUUGUGAUCAUAGUGUGUAUGUUGUGAUCAUAGUAUGACGUCCAGGAGGUUGUGCCGUUGAAGACUGUCAGUCUGUAGUAGCCAAUCUAUCUGUUCUGAAUCUGUCAGGUCUAAAGGGUCCUGCAUAGUUUCUGGAGUUUUCUUUUCUCUCUGAGUGUGAAAUUAGUGUUUUGUGUAGAAGACCCUGCUUCUCAUUGUUUGUCUUUUAGGAUCUGUGCAAUAAGAGAUGUGGUUUUGAGUUUUGUAUUUCACCCAAGGAAACUCUAUGGAUGUCAUAGAUGUUGUAUUCUAUACAAAUAUUUAUACUUCUAAGGUUGUAUAAUACUGAAAAUAAAAAGGCAUGACAUUAA